AUGCGGCGAUCGUCGCUUCUGCUGGUCCUUGUCGCCGCGACGAGCAUCCAAGGUUCGUCGGCUGCAACUACCUCGACCUAAUUUCCUCGUUUCCGUUUUUGUUUUGGUGUUCUCACUGAUGUCCCUGCUUUUUUUCUAGAGUAACCAGUUUUUCUUUCCGUUUGUUCAUAUCAUUUACUAACAGAAAAUUUCUUGAUUCAGCAAAACUCUUAUUUGGCUGCACUCUUUGAAAGUUCAGAAGUUUAUAACGGAUUUCGAAGCCCAGAAAAAAAAGUGAUCUGAUGUAAGGGUGGAGAACAAAACCUGUGUGUAAGCUUCAAUAAAAUUAAAAUCGUAGGCGAUUCAGAUAUAUUAUUGUGACUAUUCAAUUUGAGUGAGAUGUUGAUUAGAGGGUUUCUUCGGAAACCAAAGUUUCAAAUUUUGAAAGUUAAUAAUAAGUCAAGCGUUAAGAAUAAAACAAUUUACUUCAAACACGACAUUCCUUUGCAGGAUAUGGACAGCCGACGUGCUACCCAUUCUACGUCCGCUGGCCGCGAGUCCGUCUCAACUUCAAAGCCGUAGCUGAUGCCCGACUGUCCCUCAAAGCCUGCGAAAGCACGUGUUCCAUCGGCGAAGACCCCAUCAACCCUGGUAGAGAAACAGCUUCCUUCAGUUUUCAGUUAUCGUUUCCAGGAAAGCAACUCGAAUGUGCGGCUCUCAACCAUCAUCACGCUCCUGACGGCUUCUCGCACCACUGCGACGUCUUCCAGCCUCAUCAGCUCCAGAACGUCGACGGCUACGUCGAAGCCGACGAGCGCUACUCUUUCUACUGGAAGUAUUGCCUCACAUGUACGCUAUUUCCAUGUAUUCCAGUCUGAUGUCACUCUUUACAGCAAAGAGAAAGUGCGGCGGCGAGUACGCAUUCACCUACAUGUCAGAUCGAUACAUGGACUCUCGAGAGGUAAGACUCCUACUCAAUAAAAUGAGAAAUAGAAAUGAACAGGUAGUGCGGGUGAUGAAGAAGGCCAACUUGGAAGAGUGUCUAUCGGACUGUCUCGAUGAGAAAAAGUAAGCAUUUCUACGGCUAAACUGCAUAAAAAGGAGCUUUUCCGGUUCGAGUGUCGGUCAGUCUCAUUCAAUCGGACGGAUGGCGGCUGUCACAUGUCGGCCAAUUCACAGCUCACCAAACCAGAGUCGAUUCGCCUCAACAACAACCCCAACUACCGCAUAGACUACUAUGAGAACAACUGCUACAACUGUAGGCUGUUCUUCUUGAGAACCUUUUCAAGUCCGGAGGUUUCAGUGUCUGACGUUUUCUCGUUUGAGCGCGAAUGUCGCGAAGACGGAGUUGUGGUCAAGGUUGCCUUCUAGAAGUGAAAAAGUUUCAAUUUUUCCUACAGGUAAAGUCGAAGUUCCCGUAUACCGGCGCCUUGUACGGCCUUUACGACUUCUUCACCUGCCGAACUGAACCUAAAGAAGCCACCGACUUUGAAUAUUGGUUCCCUUCUCCGAUGCUCAGCAAAAACUGUAGUGAUUCCAUUCGUUUCAAGGUUUCUUUUUAUCGUCCAAUCUUCAUGAAGCUGCAAUUGCUCCUUAGGGCGAUGAAAUGGUUGUCGAGGUGGUUUUGUCGACCGAUGGGAUAGAACCGCUCUACUUCAUCACGCCGGACGAUCUGACGUUCCAGGCGCGCUGUCCCAUCGUCGGAUCUGGAAGGAAUUUCGCACGACAGGAUCCGAAGCCGUCUCUCGAAGGCCUUCAGUAUGUUUUGAAUAAUCGCGGAGCACUCGAAAACCAAAUAACAAGCAAUAAGAAAGGAUUCACCAUUUAAGUGCACUUUUGCAAGGCACCGAGCAAAUAAAGAAACUUUUUUGGACCUAGGAUUUUCGCGCAUUCAACAUUGUCGCAAAAAUGCGUGAUUUGGUUUUUUUUUGUUCUCAUUUGAUUUUCUGCAUAACUGGUUAACCGAAAAAGAUAUAUAUUUCCUUUUUUCUUUUGAUUUGAAUGUUUAUUCUUGGAAAAAUUUUUUGGAGAAAAAAAAAAUUCAAAAAAGAACAUCAAUUAAAUUUUUAAAAAAUGAGCUAAAAUCAGCUUUGAGCUAAAACUAAUGAGCUAAAAACCACGGUUUAUCAAAUUUAAUAAAAAAUUAGUUUUUCAGGUUUCUGAGUUCUUAAAAUAUCUUAAAUUAAAAAAAUCUUUUGCGCAAGUCCUGUAUCCGAUUUUCAUUAUGCACUGUUACGUGCAGCGAAUCUCUGAAUAUGUUUUAGAAAAGCCUCACUUUUUUCUGUUCCACCUUUUCACUCGCACAGUUUCAGAACCAAGGAGCUUGAAGCUUCAGCGCAUGCGUUAUUCGAGCUGCUGUCCAAAGGACAACCUCUGCGUGCAGAACCAGCCAGAAAAGAGACUUUUCCCUUGCCUUUGACGUCGCCACGGCCGCUGUCUCCGAGCAGUUCUCUGGCUCCGACGAGCUCUAGAAGCACGACAACAGUUCUACCAGUAACAACCAGCAGCACCCGUCUUGUCACAACCACCACCAAAGAAGAGCCGAAACAGUCGUCCACCCCAACUUCCACAACGUCACCACUGACCACCACAGUAACGACAGUGCCAACGACUUCCACGAAGGCUCCGACGACAGUUGUCAGCACGACAACUCGAGCUCCAACCACCACUUUCACAACUAUCAGCAGUUCCACCUCGCGACACGUUUCCAUCAUAACGGCUCGAGAAGAAGUUCGAUUCAGCGCUGCCAAGAAGUUCCCGACCUUCAGAACAACCACGGCGCCUAGGGUUUCAACCAUUCCGACGCAAGUCUUUGAUUUUUUGUUUGCCUUUUCUUGAAUUUGAAAAUUAUGAGUUGAUGCUUUGUUAAAUUGCAUGCAGUAGUGUUGAGUUAUCGUAGUAGGUUAACUUUAAAAUUAAAACAAAAUGUUAUGCGGAAGGAUGUACAUUUUGUUUGACCUUCUUGAAUUCCAGUUGUCGCACGUGGAAUGGCUUGAAGCGUUGCGGUUGAAAAAGGUUUCACAGUAGAACUCCUUUCUCAUUCAGCUCUUGCUCCAUUGUUUUCAAUAUUUCCGUUCACAAGUUAUUUUGUGUCGAGAACGCUUUGAGAUUUUUUGCAGUCGUUACGGAUGCAGCCUUUUUUGUGCGACCAUGGUUUUCAAGUUUCGAGGAACAGAAUAUAUCGAAGUCUAUCUGUAAUUCGUUCACAAAGUUUUUAGUUCAACUUUAUUUUUAAAUUCAUAAUUUUUUUUUGUUUCACCGCCACAGAUUAUGUUUUUCUUAAUAGAACGUUAUAUAAGAAGAUUAGAUUUAAACUUUGAUUCAAACUUUUUUUGAUACUUUUUUUUUUCAAGGAAAUCGCUUUUUCAGAGCGACGACGACUGCAAGGACGACAACGACACAUCUGCCGUCGACGACCUCCACGUCAACCACGACCACUACAACUGAACGACCAACCACCGUGACAACUCCAACGCCGCCUCCCACGACAUCAACGACCUCAACGACAUCCACGACGUCUGCCACAACGACCACGUCUUCUUCUUCAACCACGACGACGUCCCCAACAACCACCUCGACUACUAGUCCUCCUUCUUCAUCGAGCACUUCUCGAACUCCGCCAGCUUCUCCAUCUUUCAGAGAAGCUCAGACACAAGUGAGGCUUCAAGAGAUUCAGGCGAUAGGCAACUGUGACGAAAGUUUGAUUGUCUGGUUUCGAAGAAAAAUUAAUUAUUCAUUUUUUGAAAGAAGUUUCAGCUGAAUCGAUACGAAACAAAUACAGAAAGCAGUUCAAGCAGAAAAAGAACUAACUAAAAUUGUUUUUUGAAGAUUGCGCCUUCAUCAACUCCCUCAAUGACUGGAGCUUCACCAGGAAUAUCGACGUAAGUCUGCAACAUUGAGUCUUUUAUAGAAGAUAUUCCUAGGGUGAAUGUGGCAGCGAAACCACCGACGCCCAUCAACUUUGAGAUUUUCCACAACGGCCAGCCGGUAGAAGCCGUCGUCGUCGGCACAAAAAUUUCCCUUUCUUUCACUCCACACUACCCUAUUCCUCGUGAGCCUGGCUUCUUCCCUCCAAAAACCUUUUGAGCUGCUUCAGCUGAGUACAUAUCGGUCCGUGGAUGUCAGGUAGAACCGAUAGAUCCAAAGUACGAAUGGGAGCACGAACCCCUGUUCAUUAUUCGCAAUGGAUGUCCUGCGGACGGCGUCGGCCUCGUCUGUCCUCCGACACAGUCCGGCUUCGGAGCCAAGGUGAAGCCUCAGAAUAGACCAAGGUUGACAAACAGGUGACACAGGUUUCGGUUGAGUCCUUCCGCUACCAGACAACCGGCCAGAUCCAGUACUCUUGUCUCGUGCGAGUUUGUCCUUUUGCGCCAUGUCCGACGGUAAGGGUCCAAGCUCUUCUGGAGCUCAAGGAAGAAGUUCCAGACGACGUGCGCCGACGUCGAAGGAUGCUCGAGCGAGAGACCGCGUCGAGGAGUUUCCCUCGAGGACAUCCGUCGCGCUCUUGAGGCCAACCCUGAACUCGCCUCCCAGAUCGGCAUUUCGCCGGCUCUUCUCGCCGCCAAUAGACCUUCUAGCCCUGCUCGUUUCGACACUGUUCUUCGUGAGUUAACUCAAAACUAAUUUCUGGAAAAAAAUUUAAGCGAAAACUCGCUUUCAGUUUUGAGGGACGAAAAAAUAGAGAUUAUGUUCCUUUAAAGACCCCAGCAAGGUUUUUUUUUUCUACCGAAAUCAUACCUCUGGUUUCUUUUUCGUAACUGUUCAGAAAAGUUUCAAGAACAUUUCUAAAAAAAUUUUUUUCGAAAUUCUUAAAAUAAAAAAAUGCUUUAAUAAACUUAUCAAGUUUAAAGCUUUUGUGUUAUUGAAAAUGAGUGAGUAACCUAAUUUUAACAAAACAAAAUCUGCAUGAGAAUGAACUUUCGAUUUCGAAAAAAUUUAAUUUCUGAGAGAUUCUAUCUUUUCAUUCGGAUUUUUCCAGAGGAACAGCAAAGAAUAGCUCUUGGCGGAGAUCACGUCGUCCGACGUCGACUCGUCGUCGUCAAUUCAGAAGACCAACUACGCUACUACGUUCGCACCGGCGACAUUCCGUGA